AUGGACAUCGUGAUUGUUAGAUUGGAUGUCCCUGCAGAGAAGAACCUUCGUCGACCGGAGGACCUUAUACUCCCCAGUCUACCUCAUCCCGACCUCCCUCCUAUCGUCCUGCUACUUCCGAUAUCCCUCACCGAACUCGAAGUGUCGCAGUCAGACCCGCGACCGCAUCUCAGUUCCUCUCGCAACAUCACCAUCAAUCGCAAAACUAUUAUUCUCAUUCCCACACCAACCCGUCGAGAUUACGAGGCUUCCAGAGCGGUCCAGCCGAUCUCCGCCCGUCGGAGUAGUUCCAGGGAGCGUUCCCAGGAACGCCCGUCAACAUCAUACCGCCCCGAUUCAUCUCCAAAUAAACACCACCGGAACCUUUCCGUUCAAGGCCAUCAGCGGAACAGUAUCGACAUGACGGCUGCUGCGCCCGUUGUGACCGAGGCUGCUGCGCCUCCCCCACAGGCUGCCCCGGGGUCACGAUUGCAUCCUAUGAACUCGGUGCAAUCGAAGCGACGUACAAUGAUCACAACUCCGUCGGGCCAGUGGACACUGGGCAAGACAUUGGGCGCAGGGAGUAUGGGCAAGGUCAAGGUGGGGAAAAACGUAGAGACCGGAGAACAGGUCGCCGUCAAGAUUGUCCCCAGGCAAUCAACAGAGGAACAUCGCAGCUCACGCGAGGCGGAGAGAGCCGAUCGUUCGAAGGAAAUCCGAACUGCUCGCGAAGCAGCUAUUGUCAGCCUGGUUAACCAUCCAUAUAUAUGUGGCAUGCGAGAUGUGGUGCGGACCAAUUAUCACUGGUACAUGCUGUUCGAGCUCGUCAACGGCGGUCAGAUGCUGGACUACAUCAUCUCCCACGGGAAAUUGAAGGAGAAACAGGCCAGGAAAUUCGCCCGUCAGAUCGCCAGUGCAUUAGACUAUUGCCAUCGCAAUAGCAUUGUGCAUCGUGAUCUGAAGAUUGAGAACAUCCUGAUCAGCAAGACUGGCGAUAUCAAGAUUAUCGAUUUUGGUCUCAGCAACUUGUUCUCCCCGAGGAGUCUCUUGAAGACCUUCUGCGGCAGUCUCUAUUUCGCUGCUCCAGAAUUGCUACAGGCGAGACAGUAUACCGGACCAGAGGUGGAUGUGUGGAGCUUUGGAAUCGUUCUCUACGUUUUGGUCUGCGGAAAAGUGCCCUUCGACGACCAAAGUAUGCCAAAGCUACAUGCAAAGAUCAAACAGGGCGUGUUUGAGUACCCCCCGGGGCUUACGACAGAGUGCCGCCACAUAAUCUCGCGCAUGUUGGUCACGGACCCGAAGCAGCGCGCAAGCUUGGCAGAGAUCAUGAGCCACCCAUGGAUGAACAAGGGGUUCAAUACGGUGCCUGACAACAACCUUCCCCACCGGGAGCCAUUGAAAUUGCCAUUGGAUCCAGAGGUCAUUGAGAAGAUGACGGGGUUUGAUUUUGGGCCUCCGGAAUACAUCAUAGCCCAACUUACAAAAAUCAUUGAAUCGGAGGAUUAUCAACAUGCUGUGAGGGCCAGCAUUCGUGAACAACCUCCCGCUAGCCAUGGCGAGAAGAAGCGUGGCAUGUUUGACUUCUACAAACGGCGCAACUCGGCCAGCAGAGAUACUCUGUCGGCACCAUCUGCGGAGGCUGUCCAACUGGGAACCGACCCUAUAAAUGCCUAUAGCCCUUUGCUAUCCAUUUAUUACCUUGUUAAGGAGAAAUUAGAUAAAGAGAAAGCCGAAACCAACCCUGGGGCUCUGGGUGGUCCGCAGUCGGCUGGAGAUGCUGUGGUUCAGAUGCCAGAUCUACCCGCCCCAGAAGCGGCACACACCAACCAAUACCACGUACCGGGAGAAAAGGACACUGGAAGAAGGUCUCGCCCUCGAGCAAGAACUCACGGAGAUGAUGAAAUUGCCGAUGGGGUCAAAAAUCUUAACCUUGCGGCCGGACAAGUAUCCCCAGCUCCUCCUACAUCACAGCUCGAGACCCCGGCAAAGAAAGAAAGCACUGCGGUAGGCAUUUUGAGACGGUUCAGCACCCGAAGAAACAAGGAGCGAAGCCGCGAUCCGGAACGGGGAAGAUUGGGCAGCCCUCAUGCACCGUCGCUGCACGUCCAGCCACCUGCCGACUCAGCAUCUCCAUUAUCCAGGGGAUUCAGCAUGAGGAGAAGCAGACGUGCCGACCCAUCGCCGACGGCUAUCCCGUCUGCAGGCAGCCAGCCGCAUCAAGAUCUACUCACACCAGGAUCGGCCGAGCCGGCCGCACGAUCUAACAAGUUCUUGGAGCGAUCGACAAGCGUUAAUUCGGCUGACUAUCGCUCUCGAAGAGCGGCCCGUUUGAUUGACCCCGACACACUAGGUCAGCCACCUCAGACCAGUGGGUCUGACUAUAGCGCGAACGUGCAGAAAGAUCAAACUCCCUCGAAGGAGCCGAGAUCGACAGGUCGCACUCAUACCUCCCGAACUAUGUCACUUGGUCAUGCUCGUCGUGAGAGUAUACAAGCACGAAGGGCCCGGCGGGAUGCUGCAAGGGAGGCCAAUGUCCCCGAGGAGACCGAUGCGGAUAACUCAGGGCGAGGGACUGCACUGGAGAGCGCGAAUGAAGGUGAAGAUUUGUCCAAGCCAGUCUACUUGAAGGGGCUUUUCAGCGUGUCAACGACCAGCAGCAAGCCUCUACCCGUCAUCCGCGCCGAUAUCAUCCGGGUGCUCAAGCAGCUUUCUGUGGAAUAUGUUGAAAUUAAGGGAGGGUUUAGCUGUCGCCAUGCACCAAGUAUUGACCUGGGGAGAGUAAUCGAUGUUGGCCCUCCUAGCCCUGACCGGCAAGGCAAUGUCUCCAACCAUCGCCGGCGAAUUAGUUUUGGCGGACUUCUGAACCACGACGACGGCAAGGAGGAUACUCGUCACACACCCAGAACUACGCGUCGGACCCGUGCUCCACCAGAUCGCAGUUUCGUGACCAACUCGGACGCCUCCGACGAAUAUGUCGGUCCUCGAGACAACAACAACGUGGGUGUGGGAGAACGUGUGGUGGGAGAGACCACCACGCACGUUCAGAGCGACACUGGGGAGAAUCUAAUUCUCCGGUUUGAAAUCCUCAUUGUGAAGGUGCCCCUUUUCUCUUUACACGGUAUUCAGUUUAAGAAAGUUGCCGGAGGCAUGUGGCAAUACCGAGAGAUGGCGAAGAAAAUCCUGGAUGCCCUGAGACUCUGA